AUGAAGGCGAGCGAGCAAUCCAUACGCUGCUCAAGGUGCCUACCUCGAGCAGAGAGAAUCCCUACCAAUGUUGGCCUUUCCUGGUCUCAUGGCGACCGAGUCAGCGCUUCGCCCCUUGUUGCCAUUGGGACAGUAGAUGAGCAAGGUCGUCCGUGGACUUCCAUCUGGGGUGGUGAGCGCAACUUUGCACGACAGAUCAGCCAUGACAAGCUUGCUAUGGCAAGUCUUGUCGACAAAUGCCACGACCCCGUCGUCAAAUCGCUCGGCUUAGAUCGUCUUGCGGAUGGUGAAGUGGGCCAGACCUCUGGAGACAAAGCUAUCAGUGCUUUGAGUAUUGAUCUGGAGUCUCGAGAUCGGGUCAAGUUGGCUGGGAAGGUGGUUGUUGGGGCACUUGUAGGAAGGCCGAAUGACGAGGCUGUCUCCCAAGUGCAGCUUGCUUUCCAAGUCGAAGAGAGCCUUGGAAAUUGCCCUAAAUAUCUCAACAAAAAGGUCAUCUGGGCUCAUCUUCCCUCCCCACAGCUAGUCUCAUCAUCACUCCUGUUACCUGAGGAGGCUAUUUCGUUGCUUGCCAAAGCAGAUCUAUUCUUUCUGUCUUCCACCAACGGCCAAACGAUGGACACAAACCACCGAGGCGGUCCACCUGGCUUCAUGAGAGUCAUCAGCAACACCGAUCCAUCACCAGGAGGUGACAAUGGUGCAGUGCUCAUCUACCCCGAAUACUCCGGCAACCGCCUCUAUCAGACCCUCGGAAACCUCCACACCAACCCCCUGAUCGGUCUCGCCAUCCCCGAUUUCGACACAUCGGAUGUCCUGUACCUAACAGGCACAACGGAACUUCUCGUCGGGGACACAGCAGCCGCCUACCUACCACACACAAAACUCGCAGUCAAAAUCACAGUCCGCUCUGCCAUUUUCGUCAAGGAUGGCCUCCCUUUCCGAGGUACACCCGGUGAAUUUAGCCCAUAUAACCCACCUCUUCGUAAACUCACCACCGAGGCCCCUGCUCCUCUGUCGGCCUCCAAACCAGCCGCCACAGCUACUCUUGUUGACAAAACGUCUUUGUCACCUACCAUAUCCCGCUUUACAUUCUCUCUUGCCUUCAACAACCCUAAGGAAAAGAGGCUGUGGAACCCAGGGCAGCACAUCACCCUCGACUUUGGCGGCGAGCUGGACAAUGGCUGGGCACAUAUGAAGAAUUCUGAUCCGCAGUCACUCAACGAUGACUAUGUCCGGACCUUCACCAUUUCUAACAGCCCUCCGUCCAACGCGGAACAGGAGAUCAAGUUCGAAAUCACGGCAAGAAAACAUGGACCUGUCACGGGUUUUCUGUGGGGGUAUCACAUCUCCCCUCGUGCAGCACGUUUAGAAAUCCCGGUGCUGGGGUUUGGUGGUGAGGAGAACUUCAGGCUGAUAGGUACGGGAAAGGAGAAGAAGAAGGUGUUUGUAGCUGGCGGGGUAGGGAUCACGCCUUUCUUGGGGCAGGUUCGUGAGAUCGCUGCCACUGAUCACGAGGUGGAAUUGAUAUGGAGUUUGAGGGCCGACGACCUGCCAUUUGCGAGGGAUGUCCUGGGCAGGAACGAGGGUAUCAAGCAAGUGAAGGUGAGACUUUUUCUCACUGGGGGUUGCGGUGAAUCUGGGAAGGCGGAGAUGGCGAAAAUCAAGGGGUUGGAGGGGGUGAAGGUUGAGAUGAGGAGGCUGACCAAGAAAGAUGUUCAGGGGGACUGGUUUGAUAAGGAGAGGAAAAAGUAUUUCUUGUGUGCUGGGGUGGGGAUGAUGAAGGUUUUGAGGGGGUGGUUGGAGGGGGAGGAGGUUGUUAGUGAGAGUUUUGAGUAUUGA